AUGGCUUGGAUGGUCUUCUGGUUAUGCUACAUCAAUUUAAGGACAAGUACAGGUCUUGGAGAAUAUACAGUUCAUGACAAUAUUUACUCUGAAAAUAUAACUCGCAUCUUGGAUAGACUACUAGAUGGUUAUGACAACAGACUCCGUCCUGGAUUUGGAGGUCCUGUAACUGAAGUCAAAACUGAUAUCUAUGUGACUAGCUUUGGUCCAGUUUCAGAUGUCGAAAUGGAAUACACAAUGGAUGUUUUUUUCCGGCAGACAUGGAUUGAUGAACGGCUAAAAUUUGAUGGUCCUACAGAAAUACUUAGGUUAAAUAAUUUAAUGGUCAGUAAGAUUUGGACACCAGACACUUUUUUCAGAAAUGGGAAAAGGUCAAUCUCUCAUAAUAUGACGACUCCCAAUAAACUUUUCCGAAUUAUGCAGAAUGGAACAAUCCUCUACACUAUGAGAUUGACAAUUAAAGCAGAAUGUCCCAUGAGGUUAAUGAAUUUUCCUAUGGAUGGACAUGCAUGUCCCCUGAAGUUUGGCAGCUAUGCAUACCCAAAAAGUGAAAUAGUUUAUACUUGGAAGAAAGGACCUUUAUACUCAGUUGAGGUACCAGAAGAAUCUUCAAGUCUUCUCCAAUAUGACCUUGUUGGGCAAACAGUUUCCAGUGAAACAAUGAAAUCUAAUACAGGUGAAUACAUUGUAAUGACAGUGCAUUUCCACUUACAAAGGAAAAUGGGUUAUUUUGUCAUACAGACAUAUAUCCCUUGCAUAAUGACCGUCAUUCUUUCUCAGGUGUCUUUUUGGAUCAACAAAGAAUCUGUUCCGGCUAGAACAGUUUUUGGGAUUACAACAGUUCUUACAAUGACCACUUUAAGCAUCAGCGCAAGGCACUCUUUCCCAAAAGUAUCAUAUGCAACUGCAAUGGACUGGUUUAUAGCUGUCUGUUUUGCCUUUGUAUUCUCUGCACUUAUUGAGUUUGCUGCAGUGAAUUAUUUUACCAAUCUACAGACUCAAAAAGCUAUGAUGAAGGUAGCUAAAGAAUCAGCUGCCUUAGCAGCAGUGGCCGUGACAGCAGCAGCAGAGGAUGAGAUUGUCACACAUUCUGAUUCUAACUGCAACUUAAAGAAAAGAAUUAACUCAAUGGUCUCUCAAGGCGAUGUAUCACUUGAAGACAAUGUACCACCCUAUGGAGUACCAUAUUGUCAACAGACUGAUGUUCCUGCUGCAGACCUUACACAACUUGGAAUCUCAUCAAGUCCUCAUAGUGGAACUAGUAAAAUAGACCAGUAUGCCAGAAUAUUAUUCCCAUUGGCAUUUGCAGGAUUUAAUUUAGUAUACUGGGUGGUCUAUCUCUCCAAAGACACAAUGGAGUUAAAUCGCAGUGUUUGA